AUGUCGCAUCUAGAUGGAGUGGCAGAACCCUAUCAUCAUCCAGACACCACAAGAAAGCCAGUGCUGCACUGUUCCAAGCCUGCAGAUAUCACCCACGGGUCUCUCAGUAGCCCAGCAAAAGCAUUUUUUACUCCUGGAACAUCUGUAAGCUACAUCUGUGAGCCUGGUUUCUCUCUCCUUGGGACAGCAUCCAUUUAUUGCACACCAUCUGGAGCCUGGAGCCAUCCUCCUCCUGUCUGUCAAGUUGUGAAGUGUCUCCGUCCUCCAAACAUCCCCAAUGGGAAGCUCAAAGGGAACAUCUCUCACACUUUUUCCUAUGGAGCAUCUGUAUCCUACAGCUGCAGUCCUGGUUAUUCACUCAUUGGGAAUGGUUUCAUCAGCUGCACAGUGUCAGGAGCCUGGAGCCAGCCUCUCCCUCAGUGCAAAGAGAUCAGGUGUGAAUUCCCAGACAUCCAAGGCGUUAAGAAAUCCAUUAAAGGAAACACUUAUCGCUCUGGGUCUAACAUCACUCUGGAAUGUGAUGAUGGUUACAUGUUGGAAGGCAUCAGUCAGAUUCAGUGCCAAGAGGAUUUCAGCUGGGACCCUCCUGUCCCAGUCUGUAAACUGACGUCACAUAAGUCUGGGUCAGUUGGCCUAGGAGUCGCAGCCGCAGGAGUCCUGUUGCUCCUGGGGGUGGGCAUUGUCUGCAAAAUAGUUUCUAAGCAGAAGGAAGGCUAUUAUCAUACAUAUGAAAACUACAACUACCAAACCCCUCUGAACCCAGAAACUGAACACAAAGGCUCAUGUCUUCCGUCAGAUUUAGACUAG